AUGGAAACCAACUUCUCCACGGCUCUGAAUCAGUCUGCUGAGCUAGAUGAACCCGCUGACUACACCGCUCUUCACACACUCUUGUUGGUGAUGCUUGGGAUCACCUUUGUCCUCGGCAUCCUGGGAAAUGGCCUUGUGAUCUGGGUGGCCGGCUUCCGGAUGCCACGCACAGUCACCACCAUCACUUACCUGAACCUGGCCGUCGCUGACUUCUCUUUCAGUGCCACCCUGCCGUUCCGAAUUGUCUGGAUCAUCAAGAAACAUUGGCCAUUUGGUUGGUUCUUAUGCAAAUUCAUUAUGAUUAUGGUAGAGAUCAACCUGUAUGAAAGUAUCUUUCUGAUCACGCUCAUUGCUCUGGACCGCUGUUGCUGUGUCCUGCAUCCUGUCUGGAGCCAGAACCACCGCACUGUGGGUCUGGCCAAGAAGGUGAUCACUGGAGUCUGGCUUCUUGCCCUGUUCUUUUCCUUGCCAAUUAUCAUCUUCACGAAUACACGGAGCGAUGAGGAUGGGUAUACACAUUGUGACAUCUGCUUUGAAUCAUUAUUGGGUGACACCAUUGAAGAGAUAGAGAAGGUGGCCAUCCCACUGUCAAUAAGCCUCGUGACCAUUCGGUUCAUCUUUGCCUUCAAUAUCCCGGUGGCCGUCAUCACUGUUUGCUAUGGGCUUGUUGCUACCAACAUACGCAAAAGAGGCCUGGUGAACUCCAGACGUCCCUUAAGGAUCCUCACUGCCAUCGGAGUUGCCUUUUUCCUCUGCUGGUUCCCUUUUCAACUGGUGGCCUUGCUAAUUACAGUCUGGUCUACAAGUCAGUUCAGAGAGACCCUUGCAAUACUAUUUGACCUAACAAAACACCUGGCCUUCUUCAACAGCUGCCUCAACCCGGUGCUCUAUGUCUUCGUGGGCCAGAACUUCCAAAAGAGACUGAUCCAAUCCCUGCCUGCCAGUCUGGAGAGGGCCCUGCAGGAGGACCCAGACCAGACUGGUGAUACAGCUUCCACCUCCAUGCCACCCCCUUUAGAUGUUGAGUUACAGGCAAGGUGA